AUGGCAGCUCUGCCCGGGACGGUGCCGCGGAUGAUGCGCCCGGCUCCGGGGCAAAACUACCCGCGCACCGGCUUCCCCUUGGAAGUGUCCACCCCGCUGGGCCAGGGCCGGGUGAACCAGCUCGGAGGGGUUUUCAUCAACGGGCGUCCUCUGCCCAACCACAUCCGCCACAAAAUCGUGGAGAUGGCUCACCACGGCAUCCGGCCCUGCGUGAUAUCUCGGCAGCUGCGCGUCUCCCACGGCUGCGUCUCCAAAAUCCUCUGCAGGUACCAGGAGACGGGCUCCAUCCGGCCCGGGGCCAUCGGAGGCAGCAAGCCCAGGGUUGCGACUCCCGACGUGGAGAAGAAAAUCGAGGAGUACAAGCGGGAGAACCCCGGGAUGUUCAGCUGGGAGAUCCGGGACCGGCUGCUGAAGGAUGGGCACUGCGACCGCAGCACUGUGCCCUCAGGUUUAGUGAGUUCGAUUAGCCGUGUGCUACGCAUCAAAUUCGGGAAGAAAGAGGAAGAGGAGGACUGCGACAAGAAGGAGGAAGAUGGGGAAAAGAAGGCCAAGCACAGCAUAGACGGCAUCCUGGGCGACAAAGGUAACAGGCUGGAUGAAGGCUCUGAUGUUGAAUCCGAACCAGACCUGCCUUUGAAGCGUAAGCAACGCCGCAGCCGAACCACCUUCACCGCUGAGCAGCUGGAGGAGCUGGAGAAGGCCUUUGAAAGGACCCACUACCCAGACAUCUACACACGAGAGGAGCUCGCUCAGAGAACCAAGCUCACUGAGGCCCGAGUUCAGGUGUGGUUCAGCAACCGAAGAGCGAGAUGGCGCAAACAGGCAGGAGCGAACCAACUCGCGGCUUUCAACCACCUGCUGCCGGGGGGCUUCCCACCCACAGGAAUGCCAACGCUGCCCCCGUACCAACUGCCGGACUCCACCUACCCAACCACCACCAUUUCCCAAGAUGGGGGAAGCACUGUGCACAGACCCCAGCCCCUGCCGCCAUCCACCAUGCACCAGGGAGGGCUUGCCGCAGCCGCUGCUGCCGACACCGGCUCUGCCUAUGGGGCCCGACACAGCUUCUCCAGCUACUCAGACAGCUUCAUGAAUGCUGCAGCUCCUGCCAACCACAUGAAUCCUGUUAGCAAUGGCCUCUCUCCACAGGUGAUGAGCAUCCUGAGCAACCCCAGUGGGGUUCCUCCACAGCCCCAGGCUGACUUCUCCAUCUCUCCCCUUCACGGUGGCUUGGACACUACCAACUCCAUCUCUGCCAGCUGCAGCCAGCGGAGUGACUCCAUCAAGUCCGUGGACAGCCUCCCAACUUCGCAGUCUUACUGUCCUCCCACCUACAGCACUACCAGUUACAGCGUGGACCCAGUGGCUGGCUACCAAUAUGGACAGUAUGGACAAACUGCUGUUGAUUAUUUGGCCAAGAACGUGAGCCUGUCUACACAGCGUAGGAUGAAGCUGGGAGAACAUUCAGCUGUUCUGGGUCUCCUACCAGUAGAGACAGGCCAAGCUUACUGA